AUGACGGCCGCACCUGCGAAGAUGCCAGCUCUCAUGUCUAUCAUCGAUCUUCGAGGCUCUGCCACCGGGUCGGCAUCCCGUGAUUGUCCUCGGAAGAGAAAAAGGAGAUGGCACCCGAAGGUAUUGACUGGCUGUCUUCGAUGCAAACAAAGGCGAACAAAAUGCAGCGAAGAGCAUCCAAACUGUGCUCGAUGCAUCAAACUGGGUCUACCAUGUCCAGGUUACAAGGUGCCCGUCGCACGCAUCUUCGAAUACCAACCACGGUCAGCUCUGCAAUUUGAUUCUGAGUUGGAGAAAACUAGGUACCAAUACUUUGUCGAAGUCGGAAGCAGAAUCCUGGCGACGUUCCAGUUGAACUCGAUGCCCUUCUGGACACAGCUAGCACCACAGCUAGGCUUCCGCCAUGACGCUGUUCGACACGGUCUGACCGCAUUGGGAGCCCUCCAGGCCCCAUUUCACAAUAUCACAGUGGCCGAGAUGCAAGCACAAGCCCGUCCCGAAAUCUCUGCGCUCGCCAUGUCGCACGCGCACAAGGCAAUGCACAUGGUUCGGACCGCUGAUCCGGUGACAUUGCCGAUUGAGGUGUCGCUGACUUGUUGCAUGUUGUUUUUGGCCAUGCAGUUCUGGAUCGAGAAGACCUCAUCCGCCACCGUGCAUAUCAUGGCGGCAUAUCGUAUUGUGCAAGAGAAGUUCGGCAUCGAGACGUCUUUAGGGGCCAGGACUCCGGAUAUGCCCCACGAAUUUGCUGCAACUUUCAUCCCCACGCUGGACGAGCUCAUCAACCAUGCCUGCACUUUUUCCGACAACUUUCCCCCACCGGGGUCAGGCAUACCAGCAAACUAUCAUCUCGACUAUGAUGUGGGUCAGAUGUGCAGCAUUCCAGACGCGACUGGGGCUCUUGAUGCAGUCGACCGGCUUCUGAAAUGUGUUUUGCGAGCAACUUCAAUGCCUGAGAUGCCGUACUAUCUCGAGAAGAAAAUUGCUGCAGCAUUUGAGUGUCUGAGCCACAAAUUACAGGAACUGCUCGACACGGAUAUCCUUUCAGGGGAUGAAUUCGACUAUAUCCACCUCUGCCUCCACCUGCGAGUGGCGAAUGUUAUGUUCUUGACAAUUGGGUCGCCUGAUGAGGCAAUAUUCGACGCAUAUGAUACUGACUUCAGUUUCAUUGUCGACAGCUGCAGCAGGAUUAUACACCUAAAUGGCGCUGAUCCACGAAGGAAGCAGAGCGUGCUGCGUCCAAGUCUCGGGGUCUUAUCCCCUUUGUUUUUCGUGGCAACGCGCUGCCGCCAACCGAGAUUGCGUCGCGAAGCUCUCGAACUCUUGCACGAAGCAAGUGUUAGUGAGAGGGGAUGGACAAGCUGCAUGGCAUUUGCAAUUGCUCGUUUCGUGAUCCGCGAGGAAGAAGUCGGACUCGAUGGUCUUCGUGUUGAAGAUAAGCCCGCGGAUCGGAUCCAUCGCCGGAUCAGACUACAUGUCAUCCAGGCGUGCAACCGAUCGCGCACAGCAACCAUCACAUACUUCGUCUUCGGCGAGGGCCACCAAGACACAAUCCUCUUUUCCCCUGUCGUUUCCACUUCAGAAUCUGGUUCGAAAGGCAUUGUUCAAUACACAGCGACCAUUCCUUACCCGUCACACCCAUCCGUCGAGAUUGACGGUGUGACCUGUCAGAUGUCUCAGAAAGUGCUUCGGGCAUGCGGCUACUCGAGCAUCACGCUCUUCAGACAGCGACUGAAAUGUCAUUUUUCCGUGCACGGGAACGCGCUCUCGCAUAAACGCAAGUCUCAAAUCGCACGGGAGUUCCGGCUCUCCGAGACAGCGUUCUUGCAUGACGCUCCCUUUCCCGGUCAGCCCCGGCAGCUGGAAAUUUUUACGGAGACGGGAGAGGAGGUGCCCUUUGCGGGUCAUCCUGUCAUCGGAGUAGCGUAUUAUAUAUUCAGCUAUCUCGAGAGAAUGCAUUACGGCGGGCCGGCUGACCGAGACACCCAGAAGCAAACCGCCGUGCUCUUGACAAAGGCUGGCCGAAUACCUAUCUUCUUCAACCCCUACCGUCAAGUGGCCGCUUGCGCAGUCCCGUUCGACUACCACAUUCAUUCCCACCGUGUGCCGAUCGAGAAGAUCAUCUCCACACAGCCCCAAGUUCAAAUCGUCCCGACCAUCGACAAGGAAAGAGACAAGACGUUUCCACUGGUCUCGAUCGUGAAGGGCAUGACCUUUGUCCUCGUCGACUUUUCCGAGAAUGCUGAGAUUUUCAGCGCCCUACAAGCAGGGAAGUCCCCCGAAGUUGAGCUGGACGCUGAGUGGUCACCGAGCUUUGUAGGAUGUUUGUAUUACAAGCUCGUAGCAAAGUCGGAACAGCCGGGAGAACCAGCUAUCCAUAACGUCCAGGCUAGGAUGAUUUCUCACGGUAUCGAGGAUCCCGGAACGGGGAGUGCGUGCUGCGCGCUGGCCUGCUAUCUGGCGUUGAAAGAGGCAGGCUCUUCGUCGGAGCCCAAGAACCCUGCAGAGGAAGCAACGGACAAGGAGACAGCGGAUUCCGAACUCACAAAGAAGGCAGAAGAGCUGAAGCUAGGAGAGGAAAAGACUGAGAGGAAGGUAUUUGGCAUUCAACAGGGAGUAGAGAUGGGCAGACUGUGCACCAUCGCGGUCGAGGUGGACAUCAAGACCGAUGCGCACGGGAAGACAAGCAUCGCGAACGUGAUCUUGUCAGGGAGGGCUAACAUGCAUCUGAAAGGGGAAAUUCUGGGUUUCUAA